AUGAGCAAGUCGAUAGUCAACAAGGCCAUCCUGUCCUACUUCUUCUGCCAAGCUACUGAUUCGCGGGUCAACAACGCUGUUGCUGUGCUACGAGGUCUAAUAUAUAUGCUUGUCUGUCAGCGGCCGUCGCUCAUCUCGCAUGUCCAAGAGAAAUACAAGCACGCAGGCAAAGACCUCUUUCAGGACCAAAAUGCUUGGAUAGCUUUGUCCGAGAUUUUCACCAAUUUGCUACAGGACCCGAGCUUGGACAACACCUAUCUAAUCAUCGAUGCGCUCGACGAAUGCGUGGAAGGUUUACCUAAAUUGUUAGGCUUAAUCGCGCAUAUGUCUUCUGCAUCCCGUGUCAAGUGGAUCGUCUCUAGUCGAAACUGGCCAAGUAUCGACAAGGAUCUCGAUCCUGCGACGCUCAAAGUGAGACUCUGUCUUGAACUCAAUGAAAAAUCCGUCUCCGCUGCUGUUACAACAUACAUCCACUUCAAGGUGGACUGGCUCGCGAAACGACACCGGUACGACAGCGACACACGGGACGCUGUCCUGCGUCACUUAUCGCUGAAUGCAAACGGCACGUUUCUUUGGGUGGCCUUGGUCUGUCAAGAGCUCGCUGAUAUCUCAGAGUGGGAUGAUGCUGAAGAAAUGUCCAAGGCAUUUCCGCCGGGGCUCAAUCCCUUGUAUACGCGUAUGCUGGACCAGAUUGGAACUUCAAAAUAUGCCAAACUCUGCAAAAGUAUACUUGCCGUCGUCUCUACCGUGCGCCGGCCUAUCACGCUAGAUGAAUUGAAAUCUUUUGUCGAUAUGCCUGCUCGACGUUCUGGAAAUUCCAGCGCUCUAGCGGAGAUUAUAGAGCUUUGUGGCUCUUUUCUGACGCUCCAAGAACGUACUAUCUUCUUCGUUCAUCAGUCAGCGAAGGAUUUUUUAGUCAAAGAGCGAUACAAUGAUAUUUAUCCUUCUGGAAGAGAACAUAUACAUCAGUCUAUCUUCUGGCGAUCUCUACAACUCAUGCUGGAUAAGCUGAAACGCGACGUCUACGGCUUAGGUGAGCUCGGAAUUUCCAUCGAUCAAGUCAAGCAACCUGACCCAGACCCGCUAUCACCAGCGCGGUACUCGUGUGUCUAUUGGAUCGACCACCUGCUCUGCUGUGAUCACGCAAGCAACGACCUCCGAGAUGGUGGAUCCGUCGACAAGUUUCUGCGUCAAAAGUUUCUCUACUGGCUCGAGGCUCUUAGCCUUUGCAGAAGCAUGUCCAAUGGGAUAGUUUCCAUGGCGAAGCUCGAGACUCUCAUUCAGGGACAUAAACAUCGUGUCAUUUCAGCCGCCUUCUCUCAUGACUCAGUACAGCUUAUUUCAGCUUCGGCUGACGGCACAAUUAAUAUCUGGAAUGCUAAUAGUGGCGACUGUCUACACACACUCAAAGACAACGUUAGCACCCAGUCUGUCGUCUUCUCUCAUGACUCAAGAUGGCUCGCCUCGGCGUCAAUAGACGGCACAGUCAAGAUCUGGAAUGCAAGUAGUGGUAAGUGUCUACAGACGCUUGAUGGCCAUGGUCAUUGGGUUAAUUCAGUCGCCUUCUCUCAUGACUCGGCACGGCUCGCUUCAGGGUCUGACGAUGAAACAAUUAAGAUCUGGGAUACAAGCAGUAGUGAGGGCCUACAAACGACCGAGCAUCAUAAGCAACAUGUCAGAUCAGUCGCCUUCUCCAAUGACUCAAUACUACUUGCUUCAGCAGCCGGUGAUAAUACAGUCAAGAUUUGGGAUACAAGAAAUAUGAAGUGUCUACAUACACUUAAGGGCCAUAACGAUUGGGUCACGCUAGUUACCUUCUCCUCUGACUCAACACGGCUCGCCUCAGCGUGUCUCAACAAAGUAAUCAGGAUCUGGAAUGUAAGUAGUGGUGAGUGUCUACAGACGCAUGAUGGCUUUGUCAUGUCGGUCGCCUUCUCCCCUGACUCAACACGGCUCGCCUCAGCGUGUCUCAACAAAGUAAUCAGGAUCUGGGAUGCAAGCAGUGGCGAGUGUCUGCAGACGCUCAAUACUGGCAAGAUACUCUCUAAUAUAUCAUUCGAUAUUACGGGCUCGUAUCUUUGCACCGAAACUGGUACUAUUGCUAUUAACGCACCAUCAGUUUCAAUAAUGGCACCAAGUGUUACGGAUCCUCACAGCCCUCCAUAUCAAAGCUUGGCUUUAAGUCCAGAUAAGGAAUGGAUAACAUUUGGUUCAAAAAACCAACUGUGGCUACCACCGGAGUAUCGACCAGCAUUUUCGGACACUGUGGUUGUGGCGGGGAGGAUGGUUGGCAUUGGUACUAGAUCUGGGAAAGUAUGGAUAUGCAACAUUGAACUUGACGAAUCCUAA